AUGCACAUCGGCGGCUGCCUGGCGCUGGCAGGGAAGGCAGGGAACGCGUUAUCCUGCCGAGCUGCCAGGCAGCCUCGGCGGGGCCGGCACCGACGGAGCAACUCCCGAGGCCGCAGGGAGCAGCCGAAAUUCCCGACACGGAGGCGGGGCGUGUGUGUUAUGUGCGGACAAGGGGGCGGCACCCCGCGGGCACCGGGUGGGGCCGGGGGUUCCCGCCGCGCGCUGGGAAGGUGCGCUCCAGUCCUUACCUUCUCCCGGGAGCACGGCAGCGGGACGCGUCCUCCUCCUCCUCCUGCUGCUGCUGCUGUCUGUGGACGGCGCGGCCGCGGGGAAUCGGGCAGGGCAGCGAGUGCCGCCCGCAGUGCUCAGGGGCUGAGGCUCAGCCGCGGCUCCGGGGAUUGCAAACACCCCGCCCGCCCGCCCUUUUUUCUUUCUUUCUUUCCUUCUUUCUUUUUUCCUUCCUUCCUUCCUUCCUUUCUUUCCUUCACCUUCCUUCCUCCCUUCCUUCUCUCCCCGUCUCUCUCUUCUUCCCUCUCUCCCUCCCUCCUUUCCUCACACCCCGCGCCGCCGCUCGGCUCCCCCCGCCCCCCUCCCAGCGGCGCUCCCAUUGGCCGCGCGCCGCCCACGUGGGCCUCGCGCAGGGCACGGGACGCGGGCGAGCGGUGCCGCUGCCAACGACAGAGCGCUCGGGGCGAGGUGGGCAGCGCACCGCUUCUCGCCAUUCCCAGUGCCGUCCCCAUCCCGAAGGAGACGGGCGCGAACGCCCGCAGGGCGACGGGAAAUAACGGGUUCGCGGGAUGCCACACACGGACGGGGCUGGGACGAGGACUAGGGCGCGAGCAAUGCGCAUGCGCGUCGGGGGGGUUGCGGGGGGCAGCCGCGCAUCCUCUUGGGCUGCGGCCGCUGGAACCUUCUGGAAAUGGCGGCGGCGGCGGCUCUGGCUGGUCACGGCGAGGUGGCGGACGAGAGCUUUUCCGGUCCGUGCCGCGGGACGGGAGCCGACCUACAGCCACCAGCGCGCCCCGCUUCGCCUCGCCCUGUCCUGCCGCUGCCGCCCCCUCCCCGGGGAGGGGUUUUUCCGGCGGUGAUGGCGCAGUGAGUUUUGACUAUCGGGCGCUGUGCGCGUGCGCGGCGGGCGCUGCCCCUCCCGUUCCAUCCUGUGUUGUCUCCCGUCACCGGGCGCUAGCGGGUACGGAGGGACUGCGGCUAAAGGCCCCGCAGUUUUUGGGAGAAGCCCCCGGACGCAGGUUUGUUGCUUCUGCAAUAAACAUUGAAAGAAUUUUCAAGGACAGAUCAAAAGAUGCAACUUUUCAUCUCUCAUUGACUGUAAGUGGACACUUUCAGGGAGACACUUUAUACAGUCUAUAG